AAAUAAACCAGUUAAAGAAAUAUUUUUCCUUGUCAAUACAAAAGUAUAAUUAAUAACUUAAACAUAUUUUUAAAAAAAAUGGCACUGAUCAGCCAAACUGGCAUUUUGAAUGGUUGGUAUCAAUAUCAGCCAUGAUUGUAAAGAUCAGUCCAUCCCUUUUGAGCUAUUGUAUUGUGAGUUUUCAGGCAACACCCAGCCCUACAGUAUUCUGGCCUAAUACUUACUAUAAGUACCCACAGACCUCCCCACCACAUCCCAAAGCAUGGGCAAACUAGACCAACAUUUUCUCAAGUUCUUAAACCUUUCAGUUAUUCAGUAUAUAUCUAUUUGUAUGUAGCAUGAUCUUCAAAUCUGAAUGUAUUAUCUUUCCCUUCUCUCAACAGGUCCCCUUGUUCCUUCAUCAUUUAUUUGAAAACUUCAGUUUCGUUACAAAGCAAAAACAAAGGCACUUUUAAGAGCCACGUUUGUCUAGUUAAUUGUUGUUAGUCCGUCUAGUUCUCUGUUGUUCUUGCUCAUUUGCUCUUCCCCCUAUCCCUUUAGUGUUGUCUUGUUUGUCCUUGUUCGUCAUGAGUGACCAUUCCAAUUUCGAACAGGUCCUUAAUGAGCUUGAUGAGCUUGUUGAACAUUCUGAAUUAAAUUAUGAACUCCAGACCUUGGAUGAUUUCAUUAAUAAGAUGUCAGGAGAACAGGAGGCAGCACCAUCCACCAGCCAUCAACCUGUCAGGUGGUUGAAGAGAGACAGUGAUGGAAAUGUUGUCUAUGACAGACCAAGGUCAUCCCGAAACCAAACGGCUAGUCACAGCUACAGUCGUAAGGCUGGUGCUCAUCCUAGAAUGUUGGACAGCAGCGUUGAGAUAACCAACUACUGUCCUCCUGACACUGUUGAGACUUUCCUUGAAGAGCUAAACCACUCACAGGGUGAUGACUUGGAUGAUCAGGAAACGGCACCAGCACCACCACGAGCCUCCUCAGACUGGUCUACUCGAAAAAGUCUCCUCUCAGAGAGGUGGGAGAAAGAAAGAGCCUGUCUGGUGAAUACCAUGGUAGCACAACAAAAUGUGACAACUCAGAUCUGCAAACAAUGUGGCAGCAGUCCAGCUGCUGUCCGUUGUCGUGACUGCAGACCACAACCAUUUUUCUGUGCUGAUUGUGAUGUCAGUAUACACCGAAACCACGUAUUCCACAACAGGGAUGCAACAAUAGCUGGAUUCUUUCAGCCAUUGCCUCCAACAACCUGUGUCGUGGAGAGAGGGCUCUUUCCCAGUGUGCAAACACACCUGUCUCAUCCCGGCCAGUCCCGCAUAGAGCUUUCAAAACCUGUCCCGCGCUGCAGUCUUUUGUGUCGGGACAUGCAGGAGGGACCUCUAGUUCCCAAUGAAUUUGACGAUAUGAUCUCCUGA